CAGCUGAUUAUGUGAAGUUGCCAAAAUGCCAGCUAGACGUGAGGUGCAGUUGGAAAAAUGCAUAGAUGAUGCCACAAGAAAAAAUAACUUCCAGUUAUUAGAACAAUUUCUGCAAACAGAAGACUGUGACAUUAUCUCUCAUAAGUGCAGCAAACAGUUUUUCAACAAAUUUGACAAACUUAUAUGUCGGGAACUUGACAAACAAGAAGUCAAGAAUGUUUCAACGUUGCUAAAUUCUCUUCAGAAAUAUGGUAAAAAUAUCAUCAUACCAGGUGGAGACGGUUUUCCAGCAAUGAUAAAAUAUGGUCUUGUUGAAAAGAUGGUUAGUUGGUUUGAAAAGGCAAAAGAAAUUCUGAUAUUUAGAGGAAAUGAAAAAAAUGAAGCACUUACAAGUCUAAUUGAAGAUUUCUUCGAUGUUUUGAUGCUUGUACAUGAUACCAACAGUGAAGGUAAAAUACAAACAUUAGAAAGCUUUGUACUGAGAAUAUGUACCCUUGUUGCUGAUGUAAGAAUCAAUAUUUAUAUUCAGCAAGAGGCUGUAAGAAAACUUAAUUCAAUGCUUGAUACCAUGCCUCGAGAAGCCAGAAAAAAAAUUAUUUCCACGAAGGAAAUGUUGCUUGUCAUGAAUGAUAUGGGAAAGAGAAUUUUAGAUGCUGGAGACUAUGACUUGCAAGUAGCCAUUACUGAAGCUUUAUGCAGAAUGACAUCAGAAAAACAAAGAGGAGAACUGGCAUGCCAGUGGUUUUCUAUGGAGUUUGUGACCAAUGCAUUUAAAGGAAUUAAGGACUCCGAGUUUGAAACAGACUGCAGAAAAUUUCUUAACCAGGUGAAUGGAAUGCUUGGAGACAAAAGAAGGGUUUUUACAUAUCCUUGUUUGUCAGCAAUCCUUGAUAAACAUGAGCUACAGAUACCUUUGGAUGAAAAUCUUGAAGAAUUUUGGAUUGAUUUUAAUGUUGGUAGCCGAAGUAUAUCCUUCUAUGUUGCAGCAGAUGAUGAAGAUCAACAAUGGGAAACAGUCAGCAUACCUGAAGAAGAGGUAGAAAUGUACAGUCUUGAAGAAAAAGAGUCAAAGAAGUUACUAACAAUAAUUCUAAAAAAUCCAGUAACUGUGGGUAAUCAAGAAGGGGAGCAAAUGUUCCUAUAUUUUGAUCCUGUCUUGAAAAUCAUGGAAGUGGUCCGAAAAGUUUAUGGUGCAAAUAAAUGUAAGGGAUUUACCAAGAAGCAAGCCACAUCAGUUGCCAAAACAUCAGUUCAUAUAAUUUUUGAUGAAAGUGGAUCACAGGUUCUUGUACCGGAAAGUCAAUUGUCACCUUGCUUGAAAGAAAAAUCAGGAAUGGAAGGGAAAUCCAAUAAGUCUGUAAAACAAAAACUUCCUGUACAACAAAGGAAUCAGAAUAAAAAAACUAACCAAGAGAACUGCAAAAAUAUUCAAUCUAAGUUUACUACACCGAUUAAAAGGAAAGUGUCUGAAGCAUCAGUGAUUGUCCCAGGUACCGGUGGAUUGCCUCUGAGGAGCCCAUUGGUAUUUGUCAAUACGUCAACUCCCCGCAAGGCCCGCUUUAAACUGCCUUUGCAAAUGAUGAGCUCUUCUGAAAAAAAUAACAUUAACAGAAUAACUGAGAGUGGAACAAAGAAUUUGGAUCUAGAGCAUACUGGACCACAUAUAUCUUCUAUAGCUGACUCUCUUAAAAGGCGUAAUGUUGCUGCAGAAAAAGGUAGAGAUGGCUCUGUACUGGACAAUGUAUUUUGCGAGACUCAGCAGAAUACCAGCAAAACAAGAAUCAGAAAUGAGGCAAAACUAUCUGAAAAGCAGCAUAUGUCAGCUGAAAAAGUUUUGGAAAUGAUGCAAAAUGAGGCAGACAGUGAGACCAGCCAAAAAGAAACACUACAUGAACUAUUAGAUAUUGUUCCUGAUUCUCAGCCAGUAGGCAGAAAUGACAAACCUUUAUUGCCUGGUCUUUUGGAAAGUUCUGCUGAUAAAAAUAAAAUCUGGAAAAAACAGGCAUGCUCUGUACCUGAGAAGCUUAUAACGAAGUGUGACAAGCAGAAGAGAAGUACAUCAUCAGGACAUACAUUCCAAAAAGUUCCUGUUCUCAGUGAAAGAGCUGCCAAACAAAAAGCUUUCUAUUCAAUAUUUGAAAGUACUUCUCCAAAACAACAAGCUCAGAGUAGAAAAAUAUCAAAGAAGCAACAAAAGGAAACCAAAAAACCAGAAGAAAACUGUGUAAGACACAGAGGACAAACGCUAAACAGUUCUAAGCAUUUAGAACAGAAAAUACUAAGUACAGAGGCAAAAGAAGUUCCCAGCACACCUGAAACAUCUUUUAAAUCAGUUUAUCCAAGUAAAAUGACUGAGAAAUCUCUGGGAUCUUCAACAAAAUUAGUGUUGACCAGAAAUUCCAUGGAGGAAGUUGAUGUUUCUUUUAGAAAAGGGACUACAAAUCAUAAAAAAUCUGAGAAGAAAGCAAAAUCUAAAGAAAUGGCUGAAACAAUAGAAUCAAUAAUAAGUAAAAUCAGUGACAGAUAUAAACAAAAGGAUGAUAUCGAACAUACAAGAAAAGCAGGAGAAUUUUUAGCUAAUAACAGGUCACGUUUAAAUAAGUCUGGUUUCAAAGUCAAUAAGGGAAAAGUUCAGAAUAGAAGCUGUAGAAACGUAAAAACUACAGCUGUGCUUAAUAUGACUACAGGACAUAUUGUGGAUGAUGUCUACAAUUUUAACUUAAGUGGAUUUGAUGAACCUACGAUAAAGCUUGGAGUCCAAGAAUUACAUGUUACCAACUUGAAAGCUACUACAAAUCUCACAGAAAAAAUGAAUCCUGAUGAAAGCAAAAGUAUCCUCCAGAAAAAAGUAGAUAAUAAAAAUAAAACUAAUAAAAACAUGAAGCAUCUCUUUAGUGACACUGACACAGAAUGCAGAGGUGAUGACAGCAAGACAGAUAUCAGUUGGCUACGAGAGUCUAACAGAAAACCUAAACCCCAACUAGUAGACUACAGCAGAACUAAAAAUCUGAAGAAAUCUAAAAGUAUAGAAGCAACAGAUACUUUCCCUGACCCUGCAUGUCUGAUGGAUAUAUCUGAAGGGAAAAAAACAAAAAAUAAAAAGCUACCUGUUAGUAAAAAACAAAAUGCAAAGGCUGAUGAAAGAAUAAAACCGACAACCAGACCAAAAUGGCCUCGAAGAGCAGCAUUAGCAAAAAAAAGUUAUAAGGAUUACUCAAAUUCAGAGUCCGAGAGUGAACAGGAAUCGUCACAGUGCUUAUGUAAGAAAGAAAAAUUAAGAGUACAGCAAGAACACAAAAAUGGCCAAAACAAAGCUGUGAAUCAACACAAGGAACUACAGAACAAUAUUUCUACCGAGCCAAAAAAGGGAAUAUCAAGAAAUCAACAGAAAAUGUUUACUAAAUCAAAAGAUCCUAUGAAACAGAGAAAAUUAGAAAUGUCACCAGUAGCCUCACCUGAAAGCCCAGCAUCUGUUGAGACGAUGAGAUGUGCUGAAAAAGUACCAGAGGAAGCAUUUACCCAGGAACAUGUUUCCUUGAAAAGAUCAACAUCAUCCUAUCUUCAGGACUCAACACCAGAAAAGAGGGAAUCCUUAAGCAUUGUGAAAGGAAUUUCAGCUAACAAGCUUUAUACAACAAAAAAGAAUAAUCAAAGUAUACAUCCAAAGCAAUCAUCUGAAAAUGUCAGAAAGUUGGUAUUUGGAAAUGAAAGUUUAUCACCAGUUUUAAGUCCACUUUCUUUGCCUAGUCUGACUCCAGUAACUAUGGACAAAGCUGUCAUGAGUGGAAAAGACAUAGAGGUUACUGAACCUGAGGUGGAAAUAUGUGAUAUUAGUGAGGCAGUGAAUGUUACAAAUUACCUUUCAGACAAACUCUCCACUGACACAGAACUGAAAGAUCUCACUAAAAAUAUGAAAAACAGAGGAGAGGAAUCUGUACCUCCAUCUCAAUUGUGCACUUCUAGUGGAAGCAGAGAACAGUCAUGGUGUGAAGAUCCCUGUGGCAUUAUACAUGAAUCUGGGCCUACAGUACAAGUGAAUCUCAAACGAAUGUACCACAAUGAUGCAGAAAGUGAUUCUGAUGAAGUAGAAACGAGGGAGGAAGAAGAAGAGAGAAAAACAAAGCUGCUCCCUAGAAAAUUAUUUAAAGCAGAUGAUGAUACUGUGUAUAAAGGGAAAUCCAUAACGCAGUGUGCAAGAACUCAUUCAUUUUCCAGAAAAGGGAAGAAGUGGGCUGCAACAAACGAAAUAACUGUGUCCGAGAGCAUAUCUACUGUGUCUGUAAAUGAGUUGUCUGUUUUGGAUGGAGAGGUCUGGGACCCUGGUUGUUCAAGUGUAGGGAUAGGUCAGAAGCUCCAUAAGGAAUUUACUAGGAAAAUUCAGAGCCGCUCAAGAAGAAUGGACCACUUUACCAAGCAAUCCUUGAAAACAGCUCAGCAGCAUUUGACAACAAUGAAUUGUCAGUUGCAUGAAUGCAGGAUAAAGCAACUGGACAAAUUUCAUUUCACCAUCGUAGAGGAGCUUGAGAGUUUUGAAAAAGAUUCACAAUCUUUGAAAAAUAUGGAGAAAGAAUUAUUGAACUUUUGGAAAAAACAUGCACUUACGUUUAGUGCAUGCAAGAAAAAUGAACAGCGGAGGAUUCAGAUUCUUAAAACUUCAUUUGAAAAGCACAUCUCCCACAGUGUUAACUAUGAGGAAAAUAUUUUUACUUCUGAGAUGCAUCUAAUGAAAGAAGACAUGAAAGGGCUUCAAGAGAAGCUUCUUAAAGAAAUGCAUGAAGAGGAGCUGUUUAAUGUUCGCAGAGGAUUGCAGACACUCUUUCUGUCAGAAGGGAGAAAAUUCUAAUAUUGUAAAUUCAUAUAUUUUGAAAACUUUUGUUUAUAUUUAGAUUACUUUUCACUAAUGGGAAGUUUUGACAAUUGCAUAUUUACUGAGAGCUUUUUAAAGAAGUGCUAUUUUAAAAGGAUCUUCACAUAAUAAAUUAGGAAUAUUUAUUAACAAGGGGUCAUUUUAAAAGGUUUAUUUAAUUGACAAGGAAAAAAGGAGUAAUUUUCAAUUAAAACUGAAGUAAGCGUCAUGUUUUGGAUUUGUAUGUGUACAUAGGACUUCUAUUGCAAUUAAUAGGAGCUGUGUUGUACACAACCAGACACAGAAUUUGACCAUACAUUCUUUAGCACAUGAAAAGGAGAUCAA